AUGCCUAAAAUUGUCACUGGUAACGGUAAAUGGAAAACGGUUGAUGUUUCUGGUGAAUGUAUCUUUGAUGAUAAUUUCGCAUUUCUUUCAUCAUUCGAAGAAUACAUACCCAUCGAAGAGCAUAAGGAUGUAAACAAAAUAAUGGUAUUUUUAAUUUCCAGUCUUUCCUCCUUCUCAUUGGAUUAUGUUGCACAUUGUUCGUUACG